UAACCCUAUGGAAGCUUUUCAAAAUUGGAGAAUCCUAGCGAGGCUCUUCCACUAAUUAAAAUCCUAAUAUUUUCCUCCGUGAAUGGAUAAGAUUGGUUUGAGUGCUUCGUCUCGUUUACGAAGUUUUUGGUAUACCUACAUAUGACUGGAUCCAUGCCUUUAUGUUUCUUUCCUUUCCUCCAUCUUAAGGUGUUUUUUUAUCAACUUAAUUUUUUUCGAGUCCUUUAUGUCUAGGAACCCAGAGCAGCUCCACCGCACUUUUAUCAACCAGAUUAUUGAGUGCCUUGUAGUGGCUCUUGUUACCGCUUUUUAUUUGGUUCAAUCUUGUAAUAGAAGUCACUAUAUGAAGAAAAGUUGAUCUUAUUUUGGUCCCAAACCUCCCUUCUAGUUAAAUUUAUCUUAAAUUUAAAUCUUCCAAGAAAGUAUAUACCUAAUUUUGCCUUAGUUACACUUCUUUUAAAAGAAAAUAUUUAAUCAAUGCGCUUUGCUCAUUUUGAUCAAUUUUGAUAACGAAAUGUGACUCGAUUUUGGACAUGUUUCAACGGGUAAUUGUUUUGCUUUAUAAAAGGGUAAGGAAAGUAACACAGAAAUCAGUUGUGAUAUCUAAUAAUCUCUGUUUUUUUUUACGUUUUCAUAUGACUUUUGAUAUAGUUUACAAUUAAGUUUCGACGAGCGGUAAACCCCUAAAAAGACGCUUAGAAACACGAAAAAGUGACCGAUAAGUUUUUAAUUAAAUUCGGAAAAACUUUGUCAAAACCGAAUUUUAAUAAAAAUUUUCGACAAAUAUUGACACAAAUUUGAAUUUUCUUAAAGAAAUAUUGAUUUUUCGCUGACUUGUUGCGAGUUGAAAGCGAAAAAUCGAAAAUUUUUCUUAAAAUUAGAUUUUUACAAGGUUCAGUCGAGUCGAGUUUAGUUAUAUUUGGUAAGUUAUUUUUUUAAAUCGAUUGUAAUUAAUAAAAAAGUCAACAACGCUUGCGCAACUGAGACUGUACUUUGAUUUUUAAUUGAUCAUCUAUUUUAAGCGUAAUUCGAUUGUAGUUAGUUAAGAACAGGUCGCCGAAAUAGACAUCUACAUUCUUAUGUAUCAUACCUAGUGCCAAAAAAUUUGUAAUAUAAAAAUAUGCCCUAGUGAAACAAUUGUUAUACUCCAAGAAAACUCGAUAUUUCUUUCAACUGUAUAAAGACCGUUAAGAUGUCUUCUGAAGGUGUUGAUAAUGAAAACAAUAAAUGUGAAGUUUGUAAAGCUCCUUCGACAAGAAAAUGUUCAGCUUGCAAAUCGGUGUUUUACUGCAGCGAAAUACAUCAACAAGAAAAUUGGAAAGAGCAUAAAAAUCAAUGUCGACCGUUUGAGGAAUCGUAUUCUGAAGACUUGGGAAGGUAUUUAAAAGCGACAAGAGAUAUACAGCCUGGUGGUGUAAUUUUUUCCGAAAUACCCUUAGUGUUCGGUCCAAAACCUCACCGUAUUCAAGAAGGAGGGUUUCCCUGUGUCGGCUGCUGCAAGUUACUUUCUAAUCAAAUAUGUGAAAUGUGUCCUGGUUGUUUAUGGCCAGUUUGUAGUACAACUUGUGAAGGACUAAAUAUUCCUUCUUAUCAUGGAUUCGAAUGUAAUAUUCUUAGAUUAAGAACAUGUAGUGAGGUUAAAUCGUUUUUAGACUUUUACAGAUUUGAUGUAUUGAUAGUUCUAAGAGCCCUAUAUCUUCAAAAAGCAAAUCCAAAGAAGUGGGAAAUUCUGAUGAAACUGGAAGAUCAUUUGGAAAAAAGAGGAUUGGGAACUGAUGUUUUUACAGCGAUCCAGGAGAAGUUUAAUUUUCUAAUGGAACAUUAUUUGAAACCAUUAAAAUCGUACGAAAAAGAAACAGGGCAAGUUAUCAUUCCCAACUGUACGGAAGACAUUAUUCACAAAAUUUACGGUAUUAUCGAUGUAAAUGCUACCGAACUUACAGAAGACGUAGACGCGAUGAUUUUGUACUCUAACGCUAGUUUAUUGGAGCACAAUUGUAUUCCGAAUACAAUGCAAAUUAUCGAUGAAAAUGAUCAUUUUAGGGUCACGUUUAGAGCCGCCAUGGCCAUACCAAAAGGUGAACAUAUAACGACAAUGUAUACUCACAUAUUAUGGGGUACAGCUGCCCGUAGAGAUCAUCUAAUGGAAACUAAAUAUUUCAAAUGUACUUGUAAGAGAUGUCAAGAUCCUACAGAACUUGGUACAUAUCUUAGCGCGCUCAAAUGCAUUGCUGGGAAAGAUGAUGAACCCUGUGGUGGUUGGCAACUUCCCAUAACACCAACUUAUACCAACGGUGCAUGGAUGUGCAAUAAAUGUAAAAUAAAAUUACCUGAACAGGAUAUAGUGAAAUUCAUCAAUCAUUUAAGUCACGAGGUGGACAAAAUCAUGACGAAAGCUCCAAACAAGGAGGAACUAGAAGAUUUGUUAAACAAGCUUCUCCAUUUUUUACAUCCCAAUCAUUAUUUAUUGUUCAAUAUAAAACAUACGCUUAUCCAACUAUUUACCGAUAAACAAAUAGAUCAAAACGAUCCUAUGGUUUGGAUGGAAAAAUUAAGUCAAUGCGAUGAAUUAAUUGAUUUAACAAGAAAACUCGAUCCAGGUAAUGCUAGACUCAGUUUAUAUCUAGGAGUUCUAUUGAAUGAACGAUUCAUGGCACAAUUUAAAAUACUUACCACAACGUUCGACAAACCGACGCAGAAUCUUUAUACGGAUCAAAUAAAAAAAGAAAUUUCCGAAAUUCUCGAAGAAAAUAGAAGAAUUUUAUUCUACGAACAAAACACGUCGGCUGGAAGGAAAUUAUUAGAAGUAGUGGAUAGAAAUCGACAAAGUUUUGAAAAUUGGCUUAGCGAACAUAAACAAACGGUUUAAAUUGUUUCGAAAAUCACCUGCUCACUCCCUUAUGUAUUUGAAAUAUUGUUUAAUUAAUGUUUAUGAAGAUUUUUCUUUUAUGAAUAAAAACUGUCUAAAAAA